GCUACACAACCAUAGUUUGGUAUACUGGGAUAAUAUUUUUACUUAACUCUACAUAAUUAAAAUUUAUUACAUUUCAGCAUGCAUUGAAGUGAUUAUCUAUCUAUAUAUAUGUACAUAUAUGUAUGUAUGUAAUAAUACUAGUUAGGAGAUCACAAUUCACAAAUGGCUCACUGGUUUGGAAGAUCAAGAACCAUUACACAUUUUCUUAAGACAAAGAUUAUUAGUUCUUCUUACAGAAGCUUGGCCGGUGAUGGUAGCGGAAAGGCGUGUGGAAUAUUCCGGGAGAAGUCCGCCGUGAUUCCGGCUUUUCGGCGAUCGGAAUCGGCCAGAGCUGGGGACCUUGUCGAAGCGGUAACUUAUUCUGAUGAUGACGACGACGAAAAUCAGGGUUUAGAAUUUCCUGGUGGAAGAGUCACAUUUACUCCCCAAAUGAAAUUCAUCGCUGAAUCCACCGACAACCGAGUACCUUGUUAUCGUGUUCUCGACAACAAUGGCUGUCCAAUCCCUGGCAGCACAUUCGACCAGGUGGACAAAGAAACAGCGGUGAAGAUGUACCGGAAAAUGGUGACGCUUCAAAUAAUGGACACCAUUUUCUACGAAGCGCAAAGACAGGGGAGAUUAUCGUUUUAUCUGACAUCGACCGGUGAAGAGGCGAUUAAUAUCGCUACAGCUGCUGCUCUCACACCUGAUGACAUUUUAUUCACCCAGUAUCGGGAGCCUGGCAUUUUAUUGUGGCGUGGUUUCACGCUCGAAGAAUUCGCAAACCAAUGCUUUGGCACCAAAGAUGGUCAUGGCAAAGGCAGGCAAAUGCCGAUUCAUUAUGGCUCCAAAGAACAUAAUUUCUUCACCGUUUCUUCGCCUAUCGCAACACAGCUGCCUCAAGCGGCAGGUGCUGCUUACUCCCUCAAGAUGGCUAAUAAGGAAGCCUGUGUUGUUGCUUUCACUGGUGAUGGUGGCACAAGUGAGGGAGAUUUUCAUGCUGGAUUGAACUUUGCAGCAGUAAUGGAAGCCCCUGUAAUGUUCAUAUGUCGAAACAAUGGGUGGGCCAUAAGCACACCGAUAUCCGAUCAGUUCCGAAGCGAUGGUGUAGUUGUUAAAGGUCAAGCAUAUGGAAUACGAAGUAUUCGAGUAGAUGGAAACGACACUCUGGCUGUUUACAGUGCAGUUCGUGCAGCUCGUGAAAUGGUCAUAACCGAACAGAAACCAAUGCUAGUCGAGUUCCUUACGUAUAGAGUGGGCCACCACUCCACGUCAGAUGAUUCAACCAAAUACCGAUCUUCGAAUGAGAUCGAGCAAUGGAAAACGGGUAGAAGCCCGAUAUCCAGAUUCCGAAAAUGGGUCGAGAGGAACGGGUGGUGGAGCGAUGAGGAGGAAACGGAGCUUCGUAAAGAUGCAAGGAAACAGGUAUUGAAUGCAAUUCAAGUGGCGGAUAAAACGGAGAAACCUUCUCUCGAAGAUCUAUUCACCGACGUUUACGACAGUCCGCCGUCGAAUCUUGUAGAGCAAGAGAAGUCACUAAGAGAAACCAUCAAGAGGCACCACCAAGAUUUCCCUUCUGAUGUGCCUAUAUAGAUAGAUACAGAUUUAUAUAUGUAACAAUACCUGAUAAUUCUUGCUAAGAAUAUUCUAAAAAGCACCAAUAAGCUACCGACAAGUGUCCUCUAGUUCGUAAUUCCAUUGGGCCUUAUAUUUAAGUAUGGGCCCACUUGGUUAAUUGCUUCUAGCCCAUA